AUGCUGAGAUGCGGAGAUGCGGAGAUGACGGAUCACACAUUGAGCGGAUACAGACACAACAUGUCAGGUUUUGCGCAACUCGUCCGGCCGGCCGGCCGUCGCGCGCAAACUCCGAUCUUUAAGGAACAUCACUAUCGAGGGGUGCGCGUCAUGUCCGGGGGUCACCGCGCACUGGUCCGGGGGUCAUCGCGCAUCUGCCCUAGGGGGCACGCGCGCCACGUCCGGGGGUUACCGCCGGGGGUUAUCGCGCACUGGUCCGGGGGUUAUCGCGCACUGGUCCGGGGGUUAUCGCGCAUCUGCUCUAGGGGGCACGCGCGCCACGUCCGGGGGUUACCGCCGGGGGUUAUCGCGCACUGGUCCGGGGGUUAUCGCGCAUCUGCUCUAGGGGGCACGCGCGCCACGUCCGGGGGUUACCGCGCACUGGCCCGGGGGUCAUCGCGCAUCUACUCCAGAGGGCACGCGCGCCUGGUCCGGGGGUCACCGCGCACUGGUCCGGGGGCACGCGCCACGUCCGGAGGUCACCGCGCACUGGUUCGGAGAGUGGGCGCAAGAUAUUCUUCUUCCGACGACGUUGUUUAA